GAUUUAAUGUCUCACAUGUUUAACACUAUAACAAUUUUCAUGGACGAAAGAUAUACUAUCCGUUGCAUGAGGCAUUGUGAUAACUCUUUUAACAUUUUCUACAUUAAAUUUCCGAGAGUAUGCUCCAUUUGUAAAAAGAAAAUCGAAGGUUCAGUUCUUUUGCCGCCAUUUUGUAUACCACAACCUUUCGUUUCAAGUCGACAAGCUAGAUGCUCGGUGAUUCUUAAACCAACAGAUGGCUCCUUUUUGACCACUUACCUGAGUGGAGAUAACUUGCAUAUCGGUUUAACAACUUCGCUUGGCGGCUUGGUUUACAGUUUCUAUGAAGAUGGCGUACAAGUUGAAGAUAACUCGAUCUGGUCAAUUUGUAUUGUUGUGAAUGUGCUGGACAUUACGCAGCAAAAAUUUUUCAUGUUCAAUCUAAAUGCAUGGGACGAUGCACUAACUAAACAUUGCACACACACAUUAUGGAGUUACGAUAAAUAUAACGCUACUGAGAAUAAUUGUUACGAUUUUGUUCUUGGAUUCCUUCAAACUAUAGUUCCUUCAUCGCAAGAAUUUUUUAAUAAAGAUACAUUUUGUGAACGAUACGUUUUACCUGAGACAAAAAAGGCAGCACAUUACAUCGAUCUUUACAGGAAUAUUGUUGGAAAUGGCGGCGCCACUGUUAGAAAGAUUUUGGUGUAAAAAUUCCGAGAAAGAAAGGAGCAAUUGUGUAGUUUUCUAAAGGCACCAACUGCUAUUCUUAUGGAUGUUACAAAUUAAUACCUAAUAAUCGUCAUGAAUGUUUGCAAACGUGUCUCAACCACACCAAAUGUAAUUUCGUUGCUCA